GGAAUCAAAGGAGUCCUCGCCGUCGCCUCGGACAGGAGGAGCUCCUCGCUGGCCGGGGUUUAUAACGCCAAAUUAGGAGCUUUUGAAAGAGAUUAACAAUUCAUCAGAUCGCCUCGCUUUGAGCACCACUUAGACGCACUCUGGGCGAGGAGGCGACUUCUAGGCAGCCACGUUAGCCAAACGGGGCGAAGGGGAUCGAGGAGCGACGCCAAUUCGGAAUCAAAACGAACGCCAUUAGCCCAGAAACCCAAAGAAUGGGAGGAGAGAGAGAGAAAAAAAUAAAACAAACAAUAAAAGCCACCCAUUUCCCCCCAAGCCCGAGAGGCCCGAUGAGAGCGCGACGCCGAUUGGCCCGCCUCCCCGCCGCGGACCAAUCAGCGCGCGCGUCGCUCCCCGUCUAGGCGCGCGGGGGGCCAAUCAGCGCACACGAUGGGCGACGUGAGCGAGUGUCGUGCGUGCAGACCGAGCUCUCUUUUCUCUCUCUCUUUUCGAAAGGCCCGCUUUUAAUUUGGGGAGGGAGAGGCCAGGACCAGCGCCGGGACAAGUAUGGUGGUGCACGCGGCCCUCUCGCGGAGAUGGUUCAUGGCAGUAUGGAGAUAGUUCAUGAGGGAAUGCUCAAGAAGUCCCCGCCGCCCAAGAGGCUCUGGCGGGCGAAAUGGCGAAUGCGAUGGUUCGUACUGCGUUCUGGGGAGCUCCCAGGGCAGUACUUCCUGGAGUAUUACACAGAUCGGACUUGCCGAAAAUUGAAGGGCAAAAUCGACCUAGACCAGUGUGACCAGGUUGAUGCUGGUAUAGUGUUUCCUAAUCGGAAAUCAGAAUAUAGAUACAUGUUUGACAUCAAGACCCCAAAGCGAAUCUACUACUUAUGUGCAGAGACUGAGCAGGAGAUGAACCGAUGGGUGGACUGUGUAUGUCAAGUAUGUGGCCUGAAGAUGUAUCCCCAGCAGGAGGAUUAUCCAUUACCACCCAUAGAACCUCUUCCAGGGAACACCAUCCCUGCAACGCCCCCUGCUCCCGUCCGUGUCCUGCCCAUGGACCAACCUCGGAUAGACUCUCCACCAAUUUCACCCACGUCACAGAGUUCUUCCAUAUCAGGGCCAUACAUUCCCAUAAGCGAAUGUAUUACUGGGAAGAGAACCCCAAUUGCUAGCCCCAGUUUCCCCUUUAGUGAUGACUUGCCCACCAUUGUGUCAACAGAGAAUCAUCGCUCUAGCAUACCUAAUGAGAUUGCUCCUCCAGCACCAACCAUGUGUCCCGACAGUCAUCCACCUCUGACACAAGCACCACCAGCUCCCAUGAUAAACACGGGAGCAAUACCACGUGAACCGUAUGAUGGCCAACGAAUUAUGAGGCCAUCAGGAGCAACCUCAGAAGAUACGCUGAGUGUCCAGUCACCAGUGGGAACUGAGGGAAGUAGUGUAUUCAGUGAUGAUGAGUGGGCAAACACUCCCUCCACAGUAGAAGCAACAUUUUUUAGUGACUCAGCUAGACCUACUGGAGGUAUGCAGAAUCCAAAGGAUUUACCCUGGGACAGCCAUGGAGCAACUGGGGGACUAACAGGAGGCAGUGGUGUUGCCAGUUUACCAAGUGAAAUGAAAGGUAUGGUAAUCUCUGAAGAUGACCAGCACCAGGGUCCAAUUACAGCUCCCCCACGGCCCCCAAAGCCACCACAUUUAACUGAGCCUCAACAGACUUAUCAAAACUUGGACACCAUUGUUAGAAAGAACAGUUCAAAUGAUAAAGUAAAGAAUGGCUUGGCUGGGUCACUGUCUUCACAUGAUGGUAACAUUGGAUCUUCUGACCCAGAGCCUUCCCCAGCUUCAGUCAGCAGUUCUGUGCCUCCGUCCACCCCACUUGACACUGAAGAUGUGCACUCUGCCUUGAGGAUGCCACAUCAAGAGACUGUGAGCCCACAGGCUGCAGAUAGAUUGCAGCAAAGACAACGUUGCAAUAACUUUGUUUCACCAUCUGUCCAAGGUCAGAUAUUUUCUUAUGACAUGCGUAUUCAUGACACAGUUGAAAAGCAUGGGGAGCUGGAUCCAAGGAUAUCACCUGCAGGCCUUUAUUCUAAUAUCCCUCAAGCCAACAAGAGCCCGCAACAUCCCCCAGCAGUUGAUCGAGGGCUUAAACCAAGGAAGCCUGCUGAUGGAAGUAGUAUUAGUUCAGAGCUGUCACCACCUCCAUCUGGUGGCGCUCAAGAAAUUUUGGGCGCUGUGGGUGGAUCACCAGUUCCACCUGCAUCAGCGCCACCCAUGGUAGACAGAAAUUUAAAGCCCACAAAGAAUAUACCUGAUUCUGGAAGCAAACCCAUUUUUGUUCUUGACCCAGCCCCAGUCGGCCAUAGAAAGCAUGAUCAAAGAAAACCAAGAGCUGCUCCAUCUCCAACUCCUCCAACUAUGCGCAAUGGAUGUAAUGGGAAUGAGAGUGGUGAUGAAGCUGACAGACUUUCUAGUCCAGGCAGCAGACGCAACUCUACCAAUGCAGAUGAGCAGAUUUUCUUUCCCUUGCAGAGUGCCCGGCGUUCUCAACAUGAAAUCCAGUAUUUGGACUUGGACCUACAUCCAGAAGCCAAGCAAAGUCCUAAACCUACCAAGGCAGGUACACAGAAGAAUUGUGCUGGGGCUGCCGCUUCUUCAGUAGUGUACAAGACAGUCGAUUUCGUAAAGACAGAAGCCUUCAACAAGAUGAGGAUAAACGUAGAAGACUCCUAUCGUAAGAACCAGUGAUCAGCUAACAAUCGUAAUAGAGAGUGUGAGUUAACUGUGGCAAUGCACAAAACGCAUAGACAAAGGAAGAAAACUGGCUCAGACUGCAAUUUGAGGUGAAAUGAUGUUAAGUCAUGUUUUAGGUACCAAAGCAGCUUUCUGUAGGUGGCUUUGUGAAUAUCCUUGAAAGCUUUAGAACAGCCACUAACAUGCACAGCACAAUCUGCUUGGUCAAGCUGCUUUAGGAAAGUGGUAAAUAGCAGUUUUGGACAACUUCCUUUGAUAAACAGUUAUUAUACAAUAGUUAUUUAUAUGUCGAAGUUGUUGAUGAUUUACAAUCAUUAUUAAUAAGACGAAUACUGUCACACAGUUAAGUGCAAAGUGUUAUAUGUCAGUAAUAAGUAUAAAAUGGACAGAGUGUAUCUUAUGGUUUCAGGUAUAUACCUCUGUCCAAAUGGACCACAACAAUCACCAAAGCUGAAGUGUCAAUGCACAAUGCUGCAUAAAUAGUGUUUUGGGUCCAAGACAAAGUAUUUAAGAAAACUAUAUUCUUGACUAUUCCCUUCUUAUAUUAUGCAUGGGAUAUCAAAUACUGUGAUGGAUCUACAAAAUUUACAGGUCUGAUAGAAUACCACAUCCCCAUAAAUAUAGCAGUGUUUGUGUGUGACUAUCCUAUUGAUCUUUGUUGAAAAAUAGGGUUUGUUCCAAUUUUAUUGUUAUUCUUAUUGAUUUUGAUUAUCAUAAUGAUGAUUACGUGAGUGUCACAGCUUUUGAUGGGGAAGGAUGGACGAGAAGUGAUUAGACACGUUCUUCAACUUUGAAAUAAUAUAGUAGUAUUUUAAUUUUCAGAUGGGGAUGUGAGUGUUCUUCUAGAUCUAGUUAUUGCAUCAUUGAAUAUGUGUACAGAAUUGAUUUUGACCAGGAGUUAAGCCAAUAGCACUGGGCUUUAACUCCACUUUAAUUCUAAGUAGCAGCUCAGAUACGGAACUGAGAUUAAAGUCUUUAGUUCAGCACAAAAUGCAUGACUUUCUACAUUGGUUUGCUUCUCCUUGGUUCAUCUGUUUUAUCAUAAUGUGUCCUAAGAACAGCCCUUAUGUACAAUCAAAAUAUCAGUUGAGUGAGCAGGUCUGCUUAUAUUUGUGGUCGGGCAUCACCAAAUGAGUCUGCAGCUGCCAGAUUAUUUUUUUUGUUAAUGGCCAUUUUAAAAUACUACAGAUCAUUAGAUUCCAACUGUACUAGGGUGAAGGGAAAUGGGUGUGUGGUUCCAUAGCUGCUGUUGAUGAAAUGUUAAGAAAUGUAAGAAUUUUUGAUGCGAGUCUAGAAAGAGAGAGAGAGAGAAAAUGGAGUUUUUAUUUUACGUAUAGAAAUACCGAAUCCGUGCAUUGUCAGAAUCUACAUAAAAAACCAUUGUGAAUGUAUGAGAAUUUUGCAUUGAUAUCUUCUCAAUAAAUUCAGCUUACUGAUUAGUUAUAAAGAUGUACAGUAACAUAUACUAAAGGAUAGGAUAAUGCACAUUAUUAAUAAUGGUAUCAGAAUUUGUAGAAAUUCCUACAUUUAAAAAAAAAAAGUGUUUUGGCACCUUUUCCACACAAUGGUACCAUGCAGCUUCAAACACAUUCAGUGAUGCCAGGUCAUAUUUAAUUUCAAGCAUUAAUUUGGCCUUGCUGUGAAUGUAAUAUUUGGUCUCUGGUAACUGAUAUAGAAAUAGACAACCAAUGUGUCUGAUGGGUGGCCUUUGGCGAGAGCUUUCAGACGCUGGGUCAUUGUUACUGUUUAGUCCAUGGAAACUAAACAUUUUUUUAUUUUUGUGCAUGAGAAUUUGUAUAAAGUGUGUUGGUUCCUGGGCCUGUGCUCAAAACAAUUGGGUUAGUUAUCUGAUGGUAAAUGGCCAGACCAUGUUAAUGCCAUCGUUUGUACAGGUAUUUUAACAUAGCUUAUUUUGUUGGCUUUAAGGAGAAUAUUUAAAAAAAAAAAGAUAUCCCUCACCGUCCUUGCUAUACUGUCUUUCUCAACUCGUAUACCAGUCUGGUGACUUGUGAUUUGUACAGAAAAAUUAAUUACCCAAACCUACUUUUUCAGUGCUGCCUACAGUGCAUUCACUCAAGGGAACUCCCAGAGUUUGUAUUGAUGACUGAUCCACGUGGCCUGAUGAAGGAUGCCUUCUUUCUCUUUUAAGUGUAUUACAUAUCUAAUAUAUCUAAUGUGGCUUGUGUGCGGCUGUGGAGUAGUUGUCUGGCAUCCCUUUGUGUAGUUGCCAGUGGGAGUAAACUUACUGUAUGUACCUUUCAAGAUCAAUGGGAUUUUUAAAAUCUCUUUUGAUCAGCAAUGACCUCACACUUUGCCUUAAAAAACCUGUGAGUUUAGUGUAGAUAUGCAUAACUUGAUUUAUAGCAUAGAGUCUGUUAUUUCUUUCUGCCCUAUCUUCACUUGUGGACCAGUAGGUGUUUCCCCUCAUACUUAGUGCUAUAGGGGUGUGGACUUGCUCGGACAGUUAUGUCAUAAGAGGCUACUGACCUUCCACCAUUGGGUGAUAUAAUAUGAAUAAAAAAAUUCUCGUGGUGUUAAGGGUAAUAGCACUCUGGGAGCUUAAUAUUUGUCUUCAGAAGGGGGUAUAUAGAAGUGUUUGAUGUUGAAGGCUGACCAACUUUCUGUUACACUCUCACUAGCAGAUGAUCUGUGGAGGCCAACUGUGCAUCACUGUAAAAUACAAACGGUGACACGUGCCCAUUUAGAGUCUUUGUGACUUACAAAGACUGCAAUGAGGACUUGGCAGUGGUGUGAUGGCUACGUUCUGCCUCAACCUCUCAGGUGUUUAUUGUUUCAUGUCCGUUAGUACAAGAAACUUGCUUUUGUCCUCUCUUCUUUGGUCACAUCGACUGUAAAUUCGGUACUGACUUUUCAUUCUCAGAUGUCUUUUCUGUAUUCUCUUAUUUUCCAGUUUCUUUUUCUUUGUUUUUCUUCACUGGUUUUCUGUAAAGAGGAUGGCUUGGAUCAACCUCCUCUCUUCAUCACAUAAUUGAGAAUUUUUCUGUAUUUCUAAAUUCCUGUGGCUUUAUUUUUUUUGUUUUCUUUUUGUUAUUAUUACAACUAUUUUUAGAUUGACAAGAUUGGUGUGGUAAAAUUGCAUAGAACUUGUUGAGAGGAAGGAAGGGUGAGUGGGGUGUUUGCGGGUGAGUGUAUCCUUGAGAGAGUCGUCAAGAAAAGUAUCCUGAGCAUGACAUGGUUUUUGCAGAUUAGAAAGAUCAUCUUGCUCAGUUUGUGAGAGAGAUGUAUCAAAAGUUGGCAGUGCCUUUCUGUUGUUCGAUUUUGUGAAGGAUGAUUGAUUGAUAGGACUGAUAUUGCUGCUACUGUUUUACUGCAGUUGUCGUUAAUAAUUAUAUUGAUAAUUGUUAUGAGCUAUAAUGACAGCAGUUGUCAUCAUUAUUAUACUUAAUAUUUUUAAGUCAUAUUCAUCAUGAUUGAGUUUUAUUUGAAUUUUUAUAUUACUUUUUCUAUUUUUGCUAUUUUUUUAUAAUUAUAUUUGUUUCAUUGUUUAUCACCCACACUUAAGAACUUGGUAUAUUUAUUGUGUUUAUACUGUCACUAAUCUUCCCACGUGUGUGGGUUGAUAACAACCAGAUACAUAAUAUUUGUCAUGUGUAAUGAAGUUACACAAGUUACACUUACCAACAGUUGGUGUAGUUGGAAAUUGACCCCUGUUAGAAUUUGGUUUUGAAGAUAUACAAAUGUAUUGUACAGAUAACAGUGUGUUCAUUGACUUUUGGUUGACCAGGAGUGUUGACAAGUGCAAUGUAUAUAGAAUGACCCACUGCUUAUGUCUUCAGACUUUUUGUAUUUCUUGGCAUAGAUUUCUUUCUGUUUGUGUAUAAAGUAGAGAUAUAGAGUAUCUCCUUUUAUAAUGCAGGGAAAUAUGAAAGCCAUAUCCCUGCAUGGAGAUGUCAAUCAAGAAGGGUUUUGUUUAUGAAUAUCUAGAUAGAAGAUGUUUAUUUGACAUGUAUAGUCAUUAUAGCAGUGUGGACAUAAGCAUUUCAAGUGUUACCAAAAUAAGUAUAGGAAGACAAAGGAAAUACCAUUCGCAUCAUUGAGACAUGGGAGGACCUUUUGUCUGUGGUCUAGCUCAGACUUGAACUUGGUGAUAAUUUAAGUGAAGUUGAGGUUUGUGAACCAAUCUUCUCUAUCUGUGAUUACGCUGACGAAGCUAGCAUAGGUAGGUAUUGCAGGAGUCUUGCUCUUGCUUUGUAUAAAAAUGUACAUAUAUAGUAAUGGAAAGCUUGGGGUUAAUCUUCACACCAGUGGCUUCUUCUCACACCAUGUCCAGGACCUUCAUGCCUUACGGGAAACUUUACGGACUUGUGUUUCUUUACAAACAUGUACAAGUGUACACACACACACACACAUGCAUGCAUAUACAGAUAUAGACACAUACAUACAUACACGCAUGUACCUACAUAAACGCAUAUACAGGGAGACACACAUGUACCUACAUAAACGCAUUUACAGAGAGACAUGCGCGCACACGCACGCAAACACACACACACUCUUUUUUCUCUUCUCUUACACUUUUAGUCUCUCUUUUUUUUCUUAUGGUCUUCCCCUCCCUCAUUUCCCCAUUCCCUAUCUCUCUUCUUCCUCUUCCUCCUCCUCCUUUUUCCUCCUUUUUUCUCCUCUUCCUCUCUCCAUCUCCUCCUUCUCCUCCUCCUCCUCCUCUCUCCUCCUCCUCCUUCUCCCCCCCCUCUCCUUCCUGCCAUAGACACUUGUAUGUGCAACAUAACAUACACAGAGACAACGUAUGUGCAACUGAGCACCUGUAUGUGUAUACAUACAAUAUAAAACUGAUGCCUUCUCUUAUAUCACCUUUUGUAUCUAUUCUAGAUAUUGUAUUGUAAACCAUUUAUCUACACAAAGCAGUGUAAUGUACUGUUCAUCUACCCUGUACAUUGUAUUGUAAACAAUUUUCUACCCUCUACAGUGUAGUUAAAUUUGUUGACUUUGUUUUGUGUCAUGUGAAGUGUACAGAGUUUUGCUUGUAGACUCAUCUGCAGCAGAGUGGAGCCCUAUGCCAUGGGACAUUGUUGAUAUUAUAGCUUUUAAUUUUUUUUAUAUUUUUUCCGGUUCCAGUUUUAUUGUACGGUCAAGGAGCUAUGGUGCAAUCAAAUGUAUUUUUAAUGCCAUGGUAAAGUAGUGGAUUAGAUAAGAUAGCCUUAUUAUAUGCUCAGUUCCAUUCCCAUUCUUCUGUAAAAAAAAAAAAAAAGAGUUUUUAAAAACUUUGUUGACUUUUUCUUUAAAAAAAAAGAAAUCAAAUGCACAAGCAGCCUUCAGUCACCCCUCUCUCAUUCUGAGUUUAACAGUUGACUAGAAAGACGGAAGUUUAAAGAUGUUGUUGAGAAAUAUUGCUGCAUUAAAAUAUUUAAAUUCUAUGAAGGAUUUAGUAUAUGAAAGAUAAAGAUAAAACGGUUAUUAUAAAUGUUUGCAGAAGUAGGUCUGGUUUAAAAAAAAUAGAUAAAUAAAUAACACAAUCAGUUUGCAAAUUGUCACCAUCACAAAACAUAAACGGAUAAUCCGAAA